AUGCCUAUAAUCAUAAAGAAGAAGCUUGAGAACCGUACAGUUCAAGAGGAUGAAGAGGUGACGCUAGAAGUUGAGAUAAGGAAGCCUUCACUGGAGGUGACAUGGAAGAAAGAUCAUGUGGCCCUACAGCCUGGGGGCAACAUGGAGGUCCAUGUUGAAGGGACCAAACACUCCCUUUCCUUUAAGAAAAUCUCCAGUACUGACCAGGGACACUACUCCUGUGAGACCAUGGAUGACAAGACUCGGGCAAAAAUAACAGUUGAAAACCUGGAGCACGUCUUUUCCAGAGGCCUGAGGGACACAAGAGCCGAGGAGAAGGGUGUGGCGGUGCUGGAAUGUGAGACGAGGCGGCCGUCCCUCAGGACCACGUGGCUGAAAGGCGUGGCUGUGCUGAAACCUGGGGGUAAAUACCAUAUGAGGCAGCAAGAGAGAGUCCUCUCCCUCACCAUCAACCACCUGGAGAAGAGCGACGGUGACGUCUACACCUGUGAUGUAGGAACCGCCCGAUCCAGCGCCGCUCUGACCAUACAAGAGCAAACCAAGGAGUCCAGAAAGGCGGGGUGUCUGGAGCAGUGUCACAAGAUGCUGUCGUCACACCAGUCUGAGACAGAAGACUCUACUCUUGGUGUGAAUCCCAUCCCCACGCAGGGGCUUAUCACCAGCACCUUCUACAGCCGCUCCCGGGAGCGUUCUGUCCACACCCACAUUCCCCUCGUACCUGUGGACUUGCCAGUGGUAGCAAACCCUGGUUCAGACAGAUCCCACCAGACCUACAGCUUCCUCUCUGAAAUCAACAGAGGCCGUUUCAGCGUUGUGUGGCAGUGCCAGGACGACUGGAGCAAGCAGCUAUUUGCAGCAAAGUUCACCCCCUACGCCCAGGAGCAGCAGCAGCGGGCCCUGGGUGAAUACCAGCUGUUGAAGAAGCUGAGCCACAUUCACAUUGUCCAGCUACGUUCUGCGUUCAUCACCCCAUGCUACCUGGUGCUCAUCCAGGAGCUCUGCGCUGGACGUGAGCUCCUGCAUAACCUGGCUGAGAGGGACCUGUAUGCAGAGGUGCAUGUCUCAGAGCUCCUGCAGCAGAUUCUGAGUGCAGUGGAAUACCUUCACCACCGCCUCAUCGUGCACCUGGACCUGAAGUCUGAGAACAUGCUUGUGACAGAUCACAACCUACUGAAGAUUGUGGACCUGAGUUCAGCCCAGACGUUCACCCCAGGACAGACCCUCCCUGUGGAUCACAUUCAGGAAAUGAAAGCUCCUGAAGUUUUGGAAAAGCAAGGUGUGGGACCUGAGACAGACAUAUGGGCCAUUGGUGUUUUGGUUUUCAUCAUGUUGAGUGGAGAUGACCCCUUCCAAUCUGAGCUACACUGGGAGAGCAGAAGCAACAUCAAGAAAGGGAGGAUCCAGUUUAGCAGGUGUUAUCCGGGACUUUCUGAGGGAUCUGUCAGUUUCAUUAAGAGGACCCUUAACCACAAGACCUGGGGAAGACCGUCAGCUGCAGAGUGCCUCCAGCUUCCAUGGGUGAAGGGGUGGCAUGGGUCAUCCCGGCACAGCGACUCCAUUGUGUGCUUCUCCACAGACAAACUGCAGGCUUAUCUUCAGGAGCAGGAGACCAAGCGGGAGAAAGUCCGCACAAAGAUGGAUAUGCCACUCUCCAAUUAAGAGCAGGUCCAGCUUAGCAAUGUGGAUGUCUCAUUCUUUGACCAGCAAGCAAUCACAUCCUCAUGUCUGUGAAACCAAACCAUAU